CUUAGGAUACUGGGUUUUUUUCCUGGGAAACCUUAUGCAGAAGCAGGUAAGGCAAAACCUGUGAUUUCAGCUGCAAGAGCCACCUGCUUUCUUCUGUGCCACACAGACUGUUCUUUUCCCAGGUUCCUGAUUUCCAAACUGUGCUUGCCUGCUCUCCAGGGAAGCUGGAUCUAAACGCUGGAGCUCAGCAGGCAGGAGCAGAGCCCCAGAGGUGCUGCUGUGCUGGGAGCACUCAGAGCACCGGGAGGGCUCUGGGCUGUAAUGGAUGGGGGGGUUGUCAGGGGUGGCAACUGUGGAGGCAACUGUGAAUCCCUGACCCUGGGAACGAGCUUCCCGAGGCGAGGGGAUGCCUCACACAGAGCAGAGGGGGAGGCUCUGCAAUGGAACAUAUCCAAGACACCCUGUUCCAACCAGGCUCCCCCAGGGCAGCAGUGACAGCCUCCAGCCCCGGGGCUUGGCAGCCUGGCUUUGGGCUGGGCUCUGCGCUCCCUCCUUCCUCCUUGCCUCAGGCAGGAGCUGCAGGAGCUCUGGGAUCCCUCUCCUGCCUUCGCAGAACCAGCAGCUGCUGCUGAGCUCCGGCACCUGAAAGUCCUAGGAAAAAUUCAAGGAAAACUUACUUCCAUAGUCCUUCCUGCUUGGACAACUGUGGCACACCUGCCCCUUCCUGAACAGAAUUGGCUUCAAUUGGAGUCGAACCAAGAGGUUUCCGAGAUAUAUUCUAAGGCACGUUAGAACACGAGUGAGAAAAUGGACUCCAACGCUUCGUUCGACUGGCCCCACGCGCUGAACUACAACGGGACGUACAAGUACCUCUACUGGGAAGGCAACGUCUCCUACGUGGACUUCUACCUUCACCAGCCUUCAGUGGCUGCUGUCUUCAUCAUAUCCUACCUCCUCAUCUUCCUCCUCUGCAUGGUGGGCAACGGGCUGGUUUGCUUCGUCGUCCUGCGGAGCAAACACAUGCGGACGGUCACCAACCUGUUCAUCCUGAACCUGGCUGUCAGUGACCUGCUGGUGGGCAUCUUCUGCAUGCCCACCACCCUCCUGGACAACAUCAUUGCAGGAUGGCCUUUUGGGAGCCUGGUGUGCAAGAUGAGCGGGAUGGUCCAAGGAAUCUCUGUUUCUGCCUCUGUGUUCACUCUGGUUGCUAUUGCCGUGGACAGGUUCCGGUGCAUCGUGUACCCCUUCAAGCAGAAGCUGACCAUCCCCACCGCCGUCACCAUCGUCGCGGUCAUCUGGAUCCUGGCCGUGGCCAUCAUGUGUCCCUCGGCAGUCCUGCUGCGGGUGCAGGAGGAGAAGCACUUCAGGGUGAUCCUGGGCCCCGGCAACGACACCCGCCCGGUGUACUGGUGCCGGGAGGACUGGCCUGACCCGGCGAUGAGGAAGAUCUACACGACGGUUCUCUUUGCCAACAUCUACCUGGCUCCCCUGUCGCUCAUCGUCAUCAUGUACACCCGGAUCAGCGUCGCCCUCUCCCACACAGCCGGGGCUGGGGAGCGUGGCCAGGAGCAGCGGCACAGCACCUGGAAGAGGAAGCAGAGAGCCAUCCAAAUGCUCGUGGUCGUGACUCUGCUUUUCACCCUGUCCUGGCUCCCCCUGUGGACUCUGAUGCUGCUCUCGGACUACGCCAGCCUCUCCGAUCUCCAGCUGCAGCUCAUCAACAUCUACAUUUACCCCUUUGCUCACUGGCUGGCCUUCUUCAACAGCAGUGUCAACCCCAUCAUCUACGGGUUCUGCAACGAAAACUUCCGCCGGGGCUUCCAGGCUGUCUUCAAACUCCAGCUCUGCUCCAGGGAGGUCUAUUCCCAGCCAGGCCAAAGCAAUGACCUCUUGCCAGCUGCCCAGUGCCAGAUGCCCCAGGAUCAGUCUUUUCAAACAGCUAAGGAGGAGAGGAAGCCAGUUAAGAAAGGAAACUGGGUGAAUAACCAGCAGGAUUUGAUCAUGGAGGAUCUGGAAGAGUCCUGCAAUGAUGGGAUCAAGUGAAACAUGCUAGGAACCACCCGAAAGAUUUAGGCCUGGCAGAGUUUAUUCACUCUGUGUGAAACUCGUGCUUUGUGAGCCCUCUCUGACAGAAAUGCUGAAGUGUUUCUUGUCUGAAGGAGACAUCAAACUCACAUCACAUCUGAACAUUUGAUAUCAGCAGGAAACCAAACUCAUCCCUUUGUGUCACCAGCUUAAACCAGUGGACACUCCCCUCAGCCAGCCAUGAGCUGCUGCUCUUGAACUGGGCUGAAACAAGGACAGGAUUAAAAUCUUCCAUUUACUGGGACAUAAGACAAAAAGAGAACUGAGAUUACUAACUCAGAUACAAUUACUGUGGAUGCCCAAAGAAGAAAACAUUCCUUCAUUUUCUCUGUGAAUCUCUCAGAGCAGCUGAAGCCGAGUUGCUUGAACGACAUUUAUGGAAAUGUCUCAGCCUGUGAGUAAUCCCUUAUCCUGUAACUCUCAUGGACUGAAAUGCUGGAGAUACAGCGUGAAAUGUGAACUGGACUCAGCAGUCCCUGGGUCUUCUUGUGGCUGUGUCCACAUUGCUUCUGGCUGAACAUUCUAAACACCAACCGGUUCCUGCCCCAGUGACAAAAAUGAGCAUUUUCAGUCACAUCCCAUUCAUUCCCCUGUCUCAUUGUUAUUUCUGUGAUAUUCAUUAUUGUUGCAGUGAGAGAAAUAAAUAGGAGUGGAAAUUCUGGAAAUAAGGCAUAAAAAAAUGGCUUCUGUGGUACACUUCUCUAGAGAACUUGAUUUGAUUUUGAGGGGGGAUAUAAGUCAUCUAAAAAGACUAAAAUUUCAGUAUGAGAGGGAGAGAAAACACCUGUUCAUUCUCAGGUUAUUUCAAGUUUUAACCCCCCAAAUUUUCCCUAUCCAUCCACCACUGUUCACCUCAGUUUCCCUCGAGAUGUUCAUUCUCUCUCCUGGAGAUUACAUCAGAUUUUAUCCCCCAAAAUUUCUCUACCUGUGCACUACUGGUUACAUCAUUUUUACCUCCAAGUAUGCAUUCUUUGAUCUACAUAUUAUCUCAGAUUUUAUGCCCAGAAGGUCUAUUUUUUUCUCCUUUAUAUUAUCUGGAUUUUAAAACUAAAAACCACUCAGACUAUAUCUUACCCCCAAAACAUUUGUUCUAUCCCCUACAGAUUAGGACAAAAUUUUCCUCCAAAAUAGUUAUUAUUCCCUGCUUAUCUCCUGUAGAUUAAACUCAGAUUUUACCUCCAAAAUCAUCCAACCCUUGCCCUUUUUCACCGUUUUUAUUCCAAGUUAUUUCAUACCUGAACAGAAUGUCCACUUUUUCUUACUGUAUUCUGUGCCCAAUUUUAACAGAACCAUUUAAUUCCAGACCCUACAAGUGAAUUAUUCAAUUCUUUGCCAUUGGACUUUGGACAAAGUAAGGGAUACCAGGGAUGCUGGACCAAGGGAAAUCAUGCAGAGAAACACCUCAGAAACUGGACAGAGAAAGCUUUCAAGGCACUCCAGAAAACAGAAAUGUGUUCAUGCCUUGCCAGGCCACCCCAAUUCUGUCACAUCCACCUGAGAUGUGCAGGGGAGGCCAAGGCUCCCCUUCCUCCUGGGAAAACGCCGUCUGAGCACAUCCUGGGCUGCACCUAUAAAGGGCAUGGAAAAGGCAAAAUUGCAAUGGUGUUUUCUGUUAGAAAAACGUGUGCCUGUGAUGAAAAAUUUUGGACAAAUUCGGUAACAUCACUUUCCUGGUGAUGGCCACGCACAUCUCUCCAGGCCGGGUGAGAACAGGAAGGAGAACUACAGGAAAUGCAAGGAGACACAGUCUGGUAUUCACACUUAUUCCAUGAAGAGUUCCCAACAUUUUCCUUUCUUUAUAAUAAGGUAUUGCUGCUAAAAACACCUCAAGCCUGUGUUUUAGCAGCUGCAGCCAGGACAAGGUGGGAUACACAUGGAGAGCUGGACAGGUAACAGCCAGGACAGUACAUGAACUUGGCAAAUGCAGCAUAAUACGAGGUGAGGUGUGAGGGGAGAGAUGCUCAGGGAUUCUUUUUCUUGUUUAGAUUCCUCAGUUAUAUGAACUUUGAAAACACCUAGUGCUGAAGGGAUCCAGGGUGUGAGCACUGCGUUCUUCAGGUUAAUUGUUUUUCUUUGCUUAUGGGCCUUAAAAACAGCCUGUGUCAAGAGCAGCAGAGAACUGCUCCAGUGUAAGAGGCAAUUCAUCACAAUCCAGUGAUGCAUCAGUUCGAGGGGAAGUGUUUAGAGUAACUGACUAACAUUUGUAACACAAAAAUCACAUACAAUAAACACUGAAAGGGACUUUAUUGAGCUGAAACACAAACAUGUUCACAGCAGGCAAUGCAAAGAGGUGAACACACAACCAACAAAACAGCAUCUGAGCAUUGGGGAAUACAAUUCUGGCAACGUCCUGGUGCCCCUGUGGAGUCCCUCAGGGGAAAGAAGGGUGGCAAUGGCUCAGCAGAGGUUUCCAGCCCCCAGUGCAGAUAAUCCUUGGACCUUUGGAUUUCCUUUCUUCCAAGCUCAUUGCUCUGUCUGUCAGGUGUCCACUCCUGAUGCUGUGUGUGUGUCAGGGAGCACAUCACAAUAAAACCUUCAACAUCUCAAGUCUUUCCCUGCUUUAACUCAGAUGGCAAUGCC